CAUCCCAUAUUCCGAUAAUUUGGAAUACUUGCUUGCCUUUUGUGCUAUGGCAACUUAUGCAUAUUAUUUUGUUAUUUUUAUGUUCGUGGGGGGUUGUAGCCUCACAGGUUGUAGCCUCCAUACUGAAUCGUGCAAAACUGCUAUCCUACAAAGAAGGACAAACAAACUGGAUAGGCUGUACUCAUUAAUCAAUGUCUAAGCUAGUGCGAUUAACUUGGGCAGCAUAUGGUCCGAAAACAAAGAAGGAAAAGGUGAACAUAUAUCAGGAACAGAUCAAUAGACUUAUCACGAGACUAUAACCACUGGUGCCAAACGAAUUAGCAAACAGAUAAUACCUUAGAAUUUUUGUAUUUGGCAAUAAAAUCUAGUAAGAAUUUGUUGAGCUGCACUACAAACAUGUAUAGAUAAGAAAUAGCAUCCAAGGCGAGGAUGAUAUGUUGUUAAGACAUACUAUCGAGCAAAUCCUGUGGCAGGUUUCUCUUACACCAGGUUUUACCUAUGGUUUGUAAGUUUCUACCUGAUUUUCAUUGUAUAUAUUAUUUUGUGAUUACACGAAUCAAUUGUUUCCUUCUAUAUAUUGCUGAAACCGAGCUGCCCUGUUUAAAUGCAUUAGUUAAUGUUAUACGUUAUCUGUGUUUGAUAAAAAGCUUCUAUGAAACUAUGACCACUGUUUGCUUUUGUUUUGAUCAAGCUUUCAGUGCAAGGACUUUUGGUUGUGCACACGUAUGUGACAUUUAGUGGAUUUUUUAAAAUCAAAUACAUUAUCAGUACUUGGGGCUGGAGCAAUCUGUUCCCUGGGGAUACUUUUAGCAGGAACAUGACUGAAACAUUAUCAGUUUAAAACAAUAUGACUGAUUGUCAUUUCCUUAUUAUUGUAAUUGUAUUUAGCAGGAACAUGAUUCUGAAACUUGUGUCUUGAUGAUCAGAUACAUGCGGUUGUAUGAUGUGUAAAUGCAUUUACUCUGACCAAAGGAAGGAUAUCGUACUAGCUGAUAAGUAUACCUGUGGUAAUUAUAUGCAGAAGCCCGUCACACAACCUGGUAGGUGAGUAAUAUAUAUAAGCACUCUGGGGAACUAUUUAUUUCUUUCUAGAAAUAUUCUGAAUAGUUGUUAUGUUACCUGCAUGCCUAAGUUAAUUUCUUAUUCCCUUUGUGUCCUUUUUGUGUUUGUCUGUUACUUUAUUUUGUACAAUGUUUCGCAGAUCGUCAAUAUUCUCGUGGCUUGCAUCUCAAUUGGAUUUCUCCAACUGAUGCUUCCUCCUAACAUAUCCAUUUUUGGUUGCGCGUACUUGUUUUAUGAUAAAGGAGAAUAAAGGAGUCAUCCUUUUUUUUUUCACUUCGACUUACGAAUAUGGUUUAUUUUCUUGGUUGUCGAUGCACCACUUUAUGAAUCUGACUGUAGUAUUUGCUUUUACUUUUAUUUUUCCUUCGCAAUAGGUGGCUUAUUAUAUUAGUCUACCAUUCCCUACUUUGCCAGUACAUCACUAUUGGGUUGAGUUUGCUGUGGUAUCAUUUGGUUGAUUUGGUUCAGGUAUAAUUUUUUAAGAGAUUUUAGUCUUUUGUCCUAAGUGAAUAUGGGUUGCAGGAUCUAUAUGACAAUAAAGUUCUUGAUUUUAUACAGAAGCUUCACAUUUACACUGCAGUCACUACUUGAAUUAUCAACAUUUCUCACUAUACAUAUAUAAUCAGCUGAACGCCUGAACCUUUUGAGAUAUUUGAGUUAUGACUAGAGGCAAAAAUGGAUAGUUUCUUUGUAAAACGAUAUAUAACAAUCAAUAAUGGUUUUUCAUGGACUUCUGAAGCAACUCGACAUUGAUGUUCCCAUACCAUAUUUUUCUUGAGGCUAUGAUGGUUGAGUGAACCAUAUAGCUCUUCUCUCUCCAUAGUCCAUUGGAGUCUUAGACCUGGGGGGCCAAAGAUUGCUCCAUUUUCUUAAAGUGGGCUUUAUAUUGACCGCAGGGAGAAAUAUCACUUUUUUGGUGUAGGCGUGCAUCUAUCUACUUUGCCUACACAUGUUCUAUUGACUAUUGGACUCAUCUGUCUUUAUGUUGCAUAAUUAAACCAUGAAAUAUCUUUCAUGAGAUUUAACUUUUUGAUCACUUCUCUUUGGACUGAGACUGAACCACCGUUACGAUACUCAAAUGGGAGCUGUACGGAGUGUCACGGAGUCCAAGAAAAGCUACAACUUUCAGUAAGGGGAGUACUCUUUGCUUGUGGCUUGGUGCACUGAAAAGAUUGUGGGGGAAGGAGUAUGGGAAGAAAGAGUUUAUAAAUCCAAAUGGUGGAGGACCUGAAGCGAUACUGCAUCCCAGCGACCCAGCUCAAUUCACGCAUCCAGUUCUGUUAGCCUCGGAACAAUAGUACUCCUACAGAUAGCUGGCUGAUACUGCACAAGCUACAGGCAGCCUCAGCGGAGUAAGUACAAGAAUCCAAUUCGCUGCCAACACACGUCUGCCUGCCGCUGGCAGGAUGCUCCUGCAGCAGGCAUUCACUUUGACUGUAUUAUUCCACUGCCAAUCAAUCCUUACCAGCUUCCCCCAUCUGCUGGUGCCUGCUGCUCAACAACUCAAGCUUCAGCAUCAGCAAAAGAUGGUGGCAAUGUACUCCAGAUUCCAAAGCCUCUUGAAGUGAAACAGCACAGUGAUGAACUUCUAUGAUUGACACUUGGGCACCCUGCUUUGAGCUUUGCCUUUUGCUCUCUCAUCUGCUACUAGUAGCAUGCUGGACCUUAUCCUUAUGCAACACAAGUAAUAUACUAACAGGUAUUGCUUGUUGGAGAAGGCCUAACCAGGACCGAUUUUUAAGCCAAGGUGGAUAGGAUAAUCUUGUGGCAAUUGAAAUCUGCAAAUGUGCAACUAGUCUUCUUCAUGAAGGGAAGUUGUACUUCUGCUAUGCUUACACCGAGGUGUAAUCAAAUAAAGACACUGGGAAGCUGGUGGAAGCAGCAGUGGUGGCCUUCUAGUAUCUUUUAUUUCACCCCUCCUGUCCUAGCCACAUGUCUCUGCAUGCAGCCACUACAUGGUGAACACUAUUCGUUCUACCAUAGGCUGGUGAGUAACUAACACCUCUGAUCAAGAGAGGUGGAGCAGAGAAAGUGGCAGCAGCCCUCACCCCCGACUGAUGUAUUCCCCUCCCUGCAGUGCUGCUGCAAGCAGCCAAGGGCAUUGUUUCGCGGUCGGAGCUAACCAGCUUGCUUCGCUUGACCUUGCCAUGGACUUCGACGAGCCUAUCCUUUUUCCUGUGCAUAAUGCAAGUUUGCAAGAGGGGAUUCAGUUUUACAAUCCUACCGGCGAUACUCAGCUAAGUAGAAACAUGAGCAUUGACAAGUGUUUGAAGGGCAGUAAAAGGAAGGGCUCAGGCGAGGGCAGUUCAUCGCUACAUUCCCAAGAGGAAACCGGUGAAAUGCCUCAGAGAGAACUCAGCAUGGAGCAUGCCGGAGAGAAGGCGGGUGAUGCUGACGCUAGCAGGGAGGAGUACGUGCAUGUCCGGGCAAAACGCGGCCAGGCGACCAACAGCCACAGCCUUGCAGAAAGAUUUCGAAGGGAGAAGAUAAACGAAAGGAUGAAGCUUCUGCAGGACCUCGUCCCAGGAUGCAACAAGAUUACAGGGAAGGCCAUGAUGCUCGACGAGAUCAUAAACUACGUCCAGUCUCUGCAGCGACAGGUGGAGUUCCUCUCGAUGAAGCUCUCGACAAUCAGUCCUGAGUUGAACUCUGACCUCGACCUGCAAGAUAUCCUUUGUUCACAAGAUGCUCGCUCCGCAUUUCUGGGAUGCAGCCCGCAAUUGAGCAAUGCCCAUCCUAACCUUUACAGGGCGGCUCAGCAAUGCCUCUCACCUCCUGGCUUGUACGGGAGUGUGUGUGUCCCAAAUCCCGCAGAUGUUCAUUUGGCAAGGGCCGGUCACUUGGCUUCGUUUCCUCAGCAGAGAGGCCUCAUCUGGAACGAGGAACUUCGCAACAUUGCUCCGGCCGGUUUCGCUUCAGACGCCGCUGGCACCAGUAGCUUAGAGAACUCUGAUUCGAUGAAAGUGGAGUAGCUAGUCAGCAGCUGGUGAUGAACAAUUGACACGCCUGAAAGUCCUGAAAUGAUCGCGCGUUGGACUGCUAAUGGAGGGAUGCACUCUUUCAGGUUUGCAAAGGCUGCACACAGGUUUCCAUUGGGGUGAGCGAAUUUGGUGGUCGUCGAAGUUCUCGAGGAAAACUCUGUAGCCUAAUCAUUGUACAGUUUGACUAAUCGAAAAGAUGAAAGUUUGAGAUUUGGUGUGUUGUA